CCGGCCUUUGGCAGCGCCGGUCGCGCACAUGGCCCGUGCCAGGUAAAGGGCAUGCGGCCCGCGCUCGCCGCGCUCGCGGCCUGCUGCGUGGUGGCGCGCGCCGAGCUGCCCUCCGCGCGCCUUGCUUCGCGCAACACCACCACCCAGCACGUGCUUCAAUGCUCCGAAGGGCUCGUCCUUCCACUCUGGCUGCCUCUCGAAGAUGUUCCAACACUUCAAAUCGCCUUACGAGGCUUCGUUUAUUUCUUCACUCUUAUGUACCUUUUCAUUGGAGUAUCCAUCGUUUCCGACAGAUUUAUGGCUGCUAUCGAAGUCAUAACAUCAAGGGAAAAAGAGGUGCGCGUGCGACGUAAUGGGAGCGAGCAAAUUAUUGUUGUACGAGUAUGGAACGAAACCGUUGCGAAUUUGACGUUAAUGGCCUUAGGGUCCAGUGCACCUGAGAUAUUGCUCUCUGUCAUCGAAAUAGCCGGAAAGAAUUUCGAAGCUGGAGAUUUGGGACCGGGUACAAUCGUCGGGUCAGCGGCAUACAAUUUAUUCGUGAUAAUCGCAAUCUGCGUUAUGGUGAUACCAGAUGGAGAAGUGAGAAAAAUAAAGCAUUUACGAGUGUUCCUUGUUACCGCAACUUGGUCAAUAUUCGCUUAUGUCUGGCUGUAUCUUAUACUAGCUGUAAUAUCACCAAGCGAAGUUGAAGUAUGGGAAGGAGCCGUUACAUUUCUAUUUUUCCCCGCAACCGUAAUGACAGCGUAUAUUGCAGACAGAAGGCUUUUAGUUUACAAGUAUUUAAAGAAAGGGUAUCGAGUCAACGAACGAGGCGUAAUUGUAGAAGGCGAAGGUGACGGUUCCGUUGAGAUGGCUUUAAAACCAAAUUCUGAUGAAUUUGCCUCUGAUGACGAAGAAGGUCGAGAGCUAGAUAAGUCUCGUAAAGAGUACAUCUCAGUUUUACGUGAGUUAAGAAGACAACAUCCCGAAGAAGAUUUAGAAACGGUAGAGCGGAUGGCGUUGGAGACGUUGAUGGCUCGCGGACCGAAGUCACGCGCUUUUUACAGAGUUGCCGCAACGAGAAAAAUGACCGGAGGAGGUGAUUUCUCUCGAAAAAUAUCAGAGAGAGCACAGAGCGAUUUGAGUGAAGUUAAAGCUGAAUUACAACGGCGAGAGUCGACCUCUGUAGCAGUUGAGCCAAAAGGGCCAAACCUGCGCUUCGAUCCCGAUCAUUACACCGUAAUGGAGAACUGCGGAUCUUUUGAAGUAAGAGUAGUUCGCCGUGGAGAUCUGAGUGGUGAGGUCACCGUACAAUACAACACUGAAGACGGAACUGCUGAGGCAGGAUCGGAUUAUGUUGCUGCACAAGGUUCUCUGGUAUUCGGUCACGGUGAAACAGAGAAGAAGUUCACCGUACAAGUUAUAGAUGACGAUGUGUUUGAGGAGGAUGAACACUUUUACGUUCGAUUGACAGCACCGAAAGGCGCCUGUUUAGCUUCACCAUCUACUGCGACUGUAGUGAUAUUGGACGACGAUCAUUCUGGAGUGUUUUCAUUCCCUCAGAGGGAUUUUGAGUUAACAGAAUCGGUCGGGACUUACGAACUCCGUGUGGUAAGGACGGCUGGUGCUAGGGGCAAGGUGCGGAUUCCAUACUGGACGGAAGACGGGACAGCAAAGAGCGGUGCACAGUUCGAGGCCGUGCAAGAUUCCAUUGUGUUCGAGGACAACGAAACGGAAAAGUUCAUUUCUCUUCACAUCAUCGAAGAAGACAGCUACGAGAAGGACGUCCUAUUUUACGUCAAUCUCGGGAACCCGGUGUUGCUCGGGGAUGAUAAUCGUCCUGUCCUGACUGAUAAUGAAGUUGAACACCUGACAACUCUCCCUGAGGAAGAAGCUGUUGUUGCCCUAAUGGGGUACCCACGUGCUGGGGAAAUAACUCGCGCGCAACUACGAGUUAAAGAGAGCAAAGAAUUUAAGAAUACUGUAGAUAAAUUAGUGCAAAGAGCGAACGCCUCAAUUAUUAUCGGGACGUCGUCAUGGAAGGAACAGUUCUCAGAGGCUUUGACAGCGAGUUCAGAUAACCCUGACGAGCAACCAUCGUGCGGAGACUAUGUUCUGCAUAUUUUUACACUUUUCUGGAAAAUUAUUUUCGCGUUUGUUCCUCCUACGGACAUCGGAGGCGGAUAUGUCUGCUUCGUAGUGUCAAUCAUUUGCAUCGGUCUCGUGACGGCUGUCAUCGGCGAUGUCGCUUCUCACUUCGGCUGCACCCUCGGGAUCAAGGAUUCAGUCACUGCCAUCAUAUUCGUUGCACUGGGGACUAGCAUACCAGAUACAUUUGCAAGCAAAGUAGCGGCAAUUCAAGAUAAACACGCGGAUGCAUCAGUCGGUAACGUCACAGGCUCGAAUGCUGUGAACGUUUUCCUAGGAAUUGGAGUCGCGUGGACAGUGGCCGCGGUGGUCCAUUGGAGUAAAAACGAGAAGUUUGUCGUUGAUCCAGGAAACCUAGCAUUCAGCGUUACCAUGUUCUGUUCGGAAGCGGCCCUUGCUGUUUUAGUGUUAGUAUUGCGGCGGAGAAAAUCCAUCGGUGGAGAACUGGGUGGACCACGAGGUAUCAAGAUCGUUACGUCCAUGUUCUUCUUCUCAUUGUGGCUGAUAUAUCUCACCAUGUCAACUUUAGAAGCUUAUGGUUAUAUUGCAGGAUUUUAAUGGUUUUAAUUUUGUGAUCGCUUGAUGGCUUUAUUCGUAAAAACAUAGACGCUUCCUAUUGGAUAUUAAAAGUAAAUUAUUUUUGAUUGGAUCUUUGAAAUGAAUAUUAAAUGUGUUCAAAAAUUUUCUCGUGAUUAAACAAUGUCGUGUUUUUUUUUUAUUUGUUGGAACUAUUUCUAGGAAUUCAAAUAAUAUUAAACUAAAUAGCUUACUUUGGCUGUAACCUAUAUUCGACUUUAAAUUAUAAAAU